CUGUAGCACCAAUGUCUGUUGAGCAUCUGUUUGUAAUAAAGAGCUCAUGUUAUUCAGCACAUGAAAUAUUAUUUUGCUUUGAUGAGAGUCGGCGGUUGGAUUCUUUCUCCCAUUCUAGUUUACUGUUUUAUUACGUGUAUUUUCUUUUCGCAUCCCAUCGCCCCUGCUGAUCGGUUUUCUCCACUAAAUUACAUACCCUCCCACUCCGCUUCUUCGACACGAGGACGGUCCAACCCCUUUCUCACUACAAACACACCCAUUGAUUUAACCGAGGGAAGACCUGACUUACCAAAGCGCCCGGUAUGCAGUAUCCACAUAGAACUGCUGUAUGAUCAGACGCAAGUCUGAAGUCACUCCCCGAGCGCAAGCUGUUGUAUUUAUUCCUUCAACUAGGACGGAACGACGAGUUCUAAACUGGAGGUUGCUGAACAAGACCGCCGAACGAUUCGAGUCCAUUUACAUUUUAAAGAGAUAUAACUAGUAUCCAGAUCCUCCCCAAAUAACCUUAUUCCUUAUUGAGGAGACCAAGACGUGCAUACUCCCAAGCACAAGUGGCUUGCUAGAACCAUCAUCGUGGCUACUCUCCCAGCAGUGGCAUGUUCGAGGGAUAAAGCGGACAAAAUUGAACUCCUACUUCCACCCAAAGAGGAUUCAAUGAAAAUGUCCGUCUGCGUCCACGAGAACCGCAAGUCGCGUGCCAGCACCGGCUCCAUGAACAUCUAUCUGUUCCACAAGUCGUCAUACGCCGACAGCGUCCUCAUGCACCUGAACACGCUGCGUCAGCAACGUCUUUUUACCGACGUCCUCCUCCAUGCUGGAAGCCGCUCCUUUCCCUGCCACCGCGCUGUGCUAGCUGCGUGCAGCCGCUACUUCGAGGCAAUGUUCUCUGGAGGCCUGAGGGAGAGCCUGGCCAAUGAGGUUGACUUCAGGGAUUCCAUCCACCCAGAGGUCCUGGAGCUGUUGUUAGACUAUGCGUACUCCUCCCGUGUGGUCAUCAAUGAGGAGAAUGCCGAAUCCCUCCUGGAGGCCGGGGACAUGCUGGAGUUCCAGGACAUCCGCGAUGCCUGCGCCGAGUUCCUGGAGAGGAACCUGCACCCCUCCAACUGCCUGGGCAUGCUGCUCCUGUCCGACGCCCACCAGUGCACCAAACUGUCUGAGCUCUCCUGGGGUAUGUGCCUUGGCAACUUCCCUGCUAUCUGCAAGACGGAGGAAUUCCUGCAGCUUCCCAAAGACAUGGCGGUGCAGCUGUUGUCCCAUGAGGAGCUGGAGACGGAGGACGAGAGGCUGGUUUACGAGGCCGCCCUCAACUGGGUCAACUACGACCUGGAGAGGAGGCACUGCCACCUGCCGGAGCUGCUGCAGACCGUCCGCCUGGCCCUCCUUCCCGCCAUCUUCCUCAUGGAGAACGUGUCCACAGAGGAGCUCAUCAACGCCCAGCUGAAGAGCAAGGAGCUGGUGGACGAGGCGAUCCGCUGCAAGCUGAAGAUACUUCAGAACGACGGUGUGGUGAACAGCCCCUGCGCCCGGCCCAGGAAGACCAGCCACGCCCUGUUCCUCCUGGGAGGUCAGACCUUCAUGUGUGACAAGCUGUACCUGGUGGACCAGAAGGCCAAGGAGAUAAUCCCCAAAGCAGACAUCCCUAGCCCCAGGAAGGAGUUCAGCGCUUGCGCCAUUGGCUGUAAGGUCUAUGUGACCGGUGGGAGGGGCUCCGAGAACGGCGUGUCCAAAGACGUGUGGGUCUACGACACCGUGCACGAGGAGUGGUCCAAGGCGGCACCCAUGCUUAUCGCCCGCUUCGGCCACGGCUCGGCUGAGCUGAAGCACUGCCUCUAUGUGGUCGGAGGGCACACCGCGGGUACAGGCUGCCUCCCUGCCUCGCCCUCCGUCUCCCUGAAACAGGUGGAGCAGUUUGACCCGGCAGCCAACAAGUGGACCAUGGUGGCGCCGUUAAGGGAGGGCGUGAGCAAUGCGGCGGUGGUUAGCGUCAAGCUCAAACUCUUUGCCUUCGGCGGCACGAGCGUCACCCACGACAAACUACCCAAGGUGCAGUGCUACGACCCGCAGGAGAACCGCUGGACGGUGCCCGCCUCGUGCCCCCAGCCCUGGCGAUACACAGCAGCGGCCGUCCUCGGCAACCAGAUCUUUGUGAUGGGAGGCGACACUGAGUUUUCGGCGUGCUCAGCCUACAAGUUCAGCAGUGACACGUACCAGUGGACUAAAGUGGGCGACGUGACGGCCAAGCGGAUGAGCUGCCAGGCCGUGGCGUCAGGGAACAAACUGUACGUGGUGGGGGGCUACUUCGGCACACAGCGCUGUAAGACCCUGGACUGUUACGACCCGACCCUGGACGCUUGGAACAGCAUCACUACCGUGCCCUACUCCCUCAUCCCCACAGCCUUCGUCAGCACUUGGAAACAUCUCCCCGCCUGAGCCGCACAGCAUUCUGGGAUAGCCCCACACCUCCUUCCCGACACCAGUCCCAUGAGAUUUCCCUGUUUUGCAUCAUCCACUGGAUUCCAACUGUGAAGCUAGAAGCUCUUUAACUUCCUCUCUGUGCAA